UUUCUUCUGAAAUUUUGUGAAACCAUAGCUCACUUCAUUUGGCUUUUUAUUAUUCUAGCAUCACAUGAUUUUGUAGCAAAAAAGUUUGAACCACUUCAUCCUAAAAAGAAUGUCAUCCUAGGUUUGGCUGAAGUCAAACUUGAACGUUCGACUAGGUUUAUAAAAAAGUAUUAUUAACAUCUGUAAUUCCAUCUGUAACCCAGUUCUUCUUUAGACCUUUCUUUUCUUCUUAAAUAUAUUUAAGGCGCAGUUCCCCUGCGCUUCCGAGAAAGAAAAAACUCCAAAUAGGUUGAUAUGAAAGUAUAUUCCAUUAUUCAUCUAAUGACACUAUUUACGUAUCAUAAAUAUUAGUGUAUACAUCGACUCCUCGAAAAGCGAGAAUAACAUUCUUUUUGGGACGAAGGGAGUGAUUCUAAAUAGACAUUAACUAUAAAAUUUAGUUGUCACAGAAUAUAAAAAGGGCAGCCCGGUACAUGUGCUCCAGCUUGCGGGGUCCUGGGAAAGGUCGGACCUAUUUGGGUCUAUAGCACGCAGCCUUUUCCUGCAUUUGCAAGAGGCUGUUUCCACAACUCGAACCUAGAGGUCACAAGGCAGCAGCUUUACCCGGCACCAAGGUUCCCCUUCAGCUGUCACACAAUAUAUCUAUGUUUUUUCCUUGAAACACAGAAGAGCUGUGUGUCAUUGCACUGAUUCCAGAUCUGUUGAUGUAUAGAGAUCUUAGGAAUGUAUCAAGUGCAAACCAGCUGUUCGCCACUACAAUGCUAAGUCACUAGAUUCGGGAAUGAAAGUAACUUAGGGUGUGAUUGGUUGGCUACAUUAGACUGUAUCCAGGCUUGCACAGUGAGACCAAUGCUUCAUUAGCUAGUGUGUCAGAUUUUUCCGUAUUAGAUAAUACAUGUUUAUAUAAGCCGGUGGACAACAACAACAACAAAGUCUUUUAGUCCCAAGCAAGUUAGUAUAGGUUUUUUUCUCUCGAAAGCGUAGGAGAACUGCGCAUCAAUAUAUUAAGAAGAAAAUAAAGGUACCGAUGGACCCAAAGCCUCCACAACCAAACUCAUCGAGGCCAAUAUCACUGAUACAAAUAAAGGUCCAUAGAGCUAAAAAUUAACGCGACAUGAACGCACACGCUGCCUAAGGCCAAAGCGCACGAAGGCCUGAGGCUCCAGCUAGGCACCAUAAUUGAGCCUCAACUGUGAAUCUGUGAUAUCCGAUAGGAGCAAGAUGAGAUGGCCCCCGCUCUGCCCUCUCCCGCUCUGCCCUAAACCCUAAACCCUCUCCCCUUCAACCCACCCCUUUCCCUUCCGACGCCCACCCCUCUAACAGCCCCUCGUCGGUCUCCACCCUAGAUCCGGUGACCAACCCUCUGUCCUUCAACCUCCCGGCGCGGUCUCCCAGGUAGGCCGUUCGAAAUCCUAGAGGUGGAGUCAUUCCAACUCCGUCUCCUCGUCCGGCGGGUCUGGUUUUGCUCCAGGCUCCUAUAAAGAUGAUGUUCUCUCCAGUUCCAAGCGUGAUACCGGCUCCCUCUCCACUUCCAAAUGGGGUGCCUGCUCCCCUCCAACUGCUCUGACUCCACUAGCUCAUGUGUCGAAAACCAGUGUGCUCUCUAGGUCGCUGAUACGACCUGUUCGGCGACAAGGACAGGAAGAGGAAGGCUGGCAGUUGGUUGAGAGCAGGAGAAGACAUCGUUUUGCUGUGCCACUUCCUCGUCGAGGGUCCCAGGUGGAUCUUCGAGGCAAGUGCUACAACUGUCUUUCUGCCCCCCAUCUUGUCGUAGCCUUUCGUAGCCCAACGCAGUGUUUCCGGUGCUUCAAGCCUGGCCACCAGGCGACAUGGUGCACCACCCUUCCUGAGUGGAAGUCAGUGUGAUAGCGGCUGAGUCAUCAAGGGUCGUGCCCUCCGUUGUGGCAACGGUUGUCGGUGCAGAGGGGACCCGGGCUUCAGGAGGAAGGUACCCCAUGGCUCAGCACAAGGAAUCGGUAUGGGUAAGAAUCACUCUGCCAUUAGAAGCUCUGAUGAAGGAUUCUAAUGAGGCAUUCGACUCUCAGCGCUACCUCCGCAACAAGAGGAAAAGGAGAAGAUCGAAGAAAGGAAAGGAACGCUCUGUCGUCGGCACCAGUGCGAGACAUGAGUCUCCCAUCCCACCUGAUGAUGCUGAUGCCAACCGCUCUCCGAAGGUGCAAUGCUGGCCGUGGGACUUCCAGCCGUUGCCAGAUGCUUCAAUUGAUGCUUCAUGUGUUAUGGUUUUUUCUGAUGAGAUGGUUCGUGAGGAAGUUCGCUUCGCCGGGCCUUGUUUGUCACAAUCGCUGGAACCAGACCUGAGGUGCUAGGUCUGGAAAGUCUAGAAGAAGUGGCUCGUAGUUUCGACGUCGACAUUAAUUCAAUGACAAUCCAUCAUUCCUUACCUGAGGACUUCCUGUUGUUCCUCCCUGACUAAGAAACGACAACCAUAGUGCUCAACGUUGGCAAGGUAUUUAGGGGUCCUCGUUUCAGUUUACUGUUCAAAAGAUGGUCAAGAUUUUCACAUGUUUCCUCUUCAACCUUGCCUCACUUGGUGGAUGUGGAGAUCCGAGGAAUACCACAACAUGUUUGGUUUCGUUCAACUGCGGAAAUCAUCCUAAAGAUUCUUGUUUCAUUGAAGAAAUCCAUCCGGACACCUUGAUGAAGAGGGAUUUUCCAUCCUUUGUCGUGAGAGCACGGUGUUUCGAUCCAGAAAAGUUGCAGCGAGAGAUGGACCUCCAUAUUGCUGAGCUAGGAUUGCAAGUCAACGAAAAAAGAUGCUUAUCCUAUAAAAUUAGAGUGAGGGUUCUUCAGGGAGACCGACAAACCAGGAUCAUGGUUCCUCCGCAUCCCAUCGGAUGACGACAAUCCACCGGGCGGAUCAAACGGCAACGACGAUCAAGGGCACCAGGACUCUCAGCCUCGGCAUUCGGGCGGCUCACAGGAUCGGCAGCGAGUAGCUCUUCUUCGCCUGGGACCGCAGCCGCUGGUUGGACGACAGAGUCAUGAAUGCACCUGGAGAAGCUGAUGUCACCACGCCUGUAGCCUAGCGGGGAUGAGGCUGCACCUUUGGUGCAAGAUUUUCGGUUACUGUCUCUGGAUACUACUGAGCCAGCAACCGAGGAGUCGCUGGAGAAUUAUCUGGGGGCUUCGCAGUUUCCCAAUGACGUUGUCGUGCCCCCCGUGGAGAAGGUGAAUAGUCCCCGAUACACUGUUUAUGAUUGAUGCCGGACAAGCCCCGGUGGGCCGCAGACCUCAGCCACGUCAUUUUCGCCUCAACCCAUGGUGGUUGGGUCGCUGGAAAUGACUGGGCCAAGAUCGCUGCACCCUGCGGACUGUCCCCCUCCUAUGCCUCUACUCAUGCUGCAAGAAAAUGGACCACAGUACAAUGCCCAAACUAGGCAAACAACACAAGAAACAAAAAAUAGACCAAAACAGCAAAAAAUAGAAUAGCCCUAUUCUCAACUCAUGCUGCAAGAAAACGACCCCAGCUGCCACAACGUAAGUACUUGAAUUAGCCCUGACCAUAUUGAAGGCAGCAGGAAAACCAAGGCUCUCAAGAUGCUUUACACCAGCCCUACUCCAACACUCCACUUCGUCCAUAAACAAACAUUGAAUUGUGCUCAAUGAAGGUCUUGUUCCAUCAAAAACAGCCCUGUUGCGAUGGCGCCAUAAGUACCUGGCCUCCAGAAUGAUGAUGCUGCCUAUAAAUACCCUUUCUUACUCGUUUGUGCAUUUUUCUAUGCACCUUGCCCCACCACACAUCAAAGGAUAUCUCAUCUAUAUCAGGAGUGAGAUGAGCCAUUCUUUUUUUGAACAAACGCAGGAGAGUUGCACAUCAUUAUAUUAAGAAGAAAAACAUAGGAGAGACAAGACUUGUCAACCCCUAAAAUAAAGGCCCAUAGGCCAAGACCCCCUUCACUCUAACACAACGUGCCAUGCACACAGAGCGACACCACAACCAAAGCGACAACCAACAACCAAACUGCUAGGGUCCCCUAGGGAGCUGGCGCAGGAGGAGGUCUUGCAGAGCUGAUGCGCCAGUCAAGCACUGCCCUCCUCAAUCACAUCACACCUAACUUGCUGGGCGCAAGGUACAACGCCCUCAAAGACACAAGCAUUACAGUGCUUCCAAAUCUCCCAAACAACCAAAAUGAUCAGGGAGUUAAGACCUUUUCUUAGACUCACUUUUGAUACUUUGGCGCCACCAGUUUGAAAACCGUGUGCAUCCAGGCUGAGGGACAAUGGCUAGGAGGCCCAAAUUGUGGAGGAUUAACGUCCAUAUUUGCCGAGCAAACACGCAUGAGACAAGAAUAUGUUGGAUGGACUCCUCGGCCUGAGCACACAAAGGGCAAGCAACUGGAUGGCGCGGGCCUCUUUUUACCAGUCUAUCAGCUGUCCAAACCUUGUUUUUGAUUGCCAACCAUACAAAGAAUUUGCAUCUUAAGAGGGCCCAGGUCUUACAGACACGUCGCCAAGGGGCAAAAAAGAUAGAGCCAAUAAAAAUGCAUCAUAUGCCGAUUUGCUACAAUAAGUACCAUGACCAGAGAGGCGCCAAAUAUGCUGGUCUGCGAUGUCAGGUUGAAAAUCUACCCCAUCAGCUAAGUUCCAGAGCUGCAGAUACUCCACUAAAACUGGUACAGACAAGCCUCCCUUAUAUCUGACACCCAUUUACGAUCUGUGAGCCCCUUCGCUACUAUUCUCCGCUUUAAAGCCCUUUUAAAAUCAUUUGGAUCAGGGUUGGACAGUGUUCAGCCAUAGUUUUACCAAGAAGCCAACGAUCAGUCCAAAACUUCACAGAUUCACCACUGCCUACCACGGAGACAACAACCAGAUCAAAGAGUGCCUUUGCAUUACAGUGCACUCGGACAGGGAGUCCAGCCCAUGGUCUUGAUGCAUUUGUCUUCUGUAGCCAAAGCCACCUGGCACGUAAGGCCCAUCCUAGCAUCUCCAGGUUGAGAAUACCCAGACCACCAUACUGUAAAGGCCGCUGGACAGUUUCCCAAGACACAAGGCGGGUUACCUCCAUUUGCAUCACCUUGCCCCUUCCAAAGAAAGCCUCUUCUUCUCUUAUCGAUUGCCUUAAAAACCCAUUUAGGGAGUUCCAGCGCAAGCAUAAGAUAGAUCGGGACAGAAGACAACACUGCCUUAACCAGGACAAGACGACCAGCCUGGCUCAGAAGUUUGGCUUUCCAUCCUGAAAGUUUAUCAACAACUUUAUAAACUAGUGGCAAGAGAUCGGAGUUAGAGAGCUUACGGAUCGACAGAGGAAUCCCCAAAUAGGUGCAAGGAAAAAAUUUAUAUCACAUGGCAAUAAGGCAGAAAUGGUGGCUAGCUCAUUCUCUCCACAUUGAAUGGGUGUAACUGAACUCUCGGAAAUAUUCGUUUUUAGCCCUGUAGCAUGACCAAAGAUGUCUAAAAUGCUGAUAAUUGCUGAGAUAUCCUGGUGGGAAGGUCGCAGGAACAGAACAACAUCAUCAGCAUAGAAAAAGAUACAGUGUUUGGCUUAUUGAGAGGCGGCUGCAGGAUAUGCAAGAAGAGCACCUAUCGUAUCUUCCUUGAUGAUAUCCCAACAAACUUUAUAAAAACGACCUGUGAACCCAUCUGGCCCGGGAGCCUUGUCCAAAGGUAGAUCUUUUACAACCGACCAGACUUACCAUACCAGAACUGUCUAGCAAAACUGCAAGCGCAUAAGAGGUGCAAGAUAGUUUCCUGUUCCUGGUCACAUAAAGGACAUACCACCGGGUGCGGUAAUCCUCUUCUUUGAAGCCUAUCAGCGGUCCAACAUUUAUUCCUUAUUACCAACCAGAGAAAAAGUUUGCAUUUAGGGGGCGACCAUGACUUCCACAACCUUUUCCAUGGCUCAAAGGAAAUAGCUCUCAUAAAGAACGCCUUAUAACAUGACUUGGAGGAGAAAUGCCCCGAGACUGAAUGCGCCCACACAUGUUUAUCAUCCUCUUGGGUAAGCACUACCCCUCUUAAAGCAUCCCAUAACUGCAAGUAUUUGCUGUAGCCCCAACAAAGACAAUGGAUUCACAAUAUCACUAACCCACUGCCAGCUAUCCAUCGCCUGAGCAACAGUUCUUGAAGAAGCAGUUCUGCUGCCCACCAUACAGACAACAUCAGGGCUAAAUCUUGUACCGACUUCCCAUUUAACCAAUUAUCCGACCAGAAAAGAGUAUUGGCACCAUUUCCUAUCACAGAUACCACAAAAGACUUCAAGAAUUUUCUAACUUGCUGCUGCACAUGAACAGUCAACCCAAUCCAAGGUCUAGAUGGAUCAGUUUUUUCUAACCAAAGCCAUUUAGCCUGCAAUGCCCAACUCUUAAGCUGUAAAUUAGGAACUACAAGACCCCCUAAUCUUAGGGUGUGUUUGGUUUGACUUUUGGCUUUGGCUUUUGCCCCCUAAAAGCCAAAAGCCAAACCAAAUGGCUGGAUCCAGAAAGCAGUUUUUUCUAAAAGCUGACUUUUUCGCAGUGCAAAACUGAAAGCACCUCUGGACCUGCUUUUUGUGGCUUUCAGAUGAAACUGUGAAAACAUAUAUCGAAGAACUUUUAACGGAUUUUAGUGGUUUCCACCAAAUGGUUUUUAGCUUUUUAACAACUCACAGUCCACAACAGCUUUUUCCACAGCUCACAGUCCACAGCAGCUUUUUUCACAGUCACAGCUCAACCAAACAGACCCUUAGUGGCCUUGUUACUAUUUCCCAAGGGACAAGACAACUUCCACCAUUCACCUCCUUUCUUCCUUUCCGUAGAAACCCUCUUCGCCUCAGUCUUGCACUGGGAUUAGAGAUGUCAAUGGGGACCCGAUACCCGAUAACCCGUGGGGAAUUCCCCUAUUAGGUACGGGUAUGGGACAAAAAUUGUCCCCAUGGGUAUGGAUAUGGGACAAAAUCUCCACCCAUUGGGUAAACGGGUAUGGGUUUGGGAAGCAAUAAUCCGAACCCGAUUACCCAUGGGUAUUUCAUACGCGUACACCUGUCCUGUUUGUAUGAAUGAGUUGAGGCCGAGUCGGCCAUCAAACCCGGCAGACUCCAUUUCUUAUAUUGGUCCCAAGUACUGAUUUCUUUUCUGAUGGAUGGAUGAAUGGAUAAUGGUUCAUGGAUGAGUGCUUGCCGAUGUGGUGAUGUAUGAAAUCUAGAUAGUUUGUGCUAGAUGUUAGUACCUAGUUAUUCCUUAAUUUGGGAUGGGGACCCAUUGGGGACCCGAAACCCGAAUGGGGAUGGGUAUGAGAUGAGUUUUGUACCCAUGAUGGGUAUGGGUAUGGGUAUGGGGAUGUGUCAAACAUGAUGGGGAUGGGUCUGGGAUGCUAUAACCCGAUAGGGAAUUACCCAUUGACAUCUCUAACUGGGAUGCUAGAGACGGUGAUCUCUGACUUUAUUGGAUCCAUAUCAAUACCCAAGCAGAAGUUCCCCGAAGCCGCACAGCUCAAAGUUUACUAGCGAAGAAGAAGAAAUGAGGAGGAUCAGGGGCAGGACAGGGCACAUGACCUGUCAGGAUUGGACUUGGGCGUCGUACCAGCCACGGCUGUUCCACCUGAGUCUUACACUGCCAACCAUAUCCUGAAGAAUUCAAUCAGGAAGGAUCAAACUGUUGUUUCGGCUGUUUCUAGUGCAAUGGAUUUCAUUGGCAAAAUAAGUAUGAAACCUGCAGCCUUCUACCAAAGCCAAAGCUCACUCAGAAGACCUUCAUUCCCCCCUCUUCUGCUACUGCUCUGCGACGCAGCAGGCACGUUGCUGGGAUAGGAGUGGAGUUUAACAUGCGAGAUUGGAGCUGCAGAGCAUCCAAAAAAGCCUUGAAAGCCCUGCACAUCAUCAACGAAAAUGAAGAAGUCAAUAAAGAAGCCCUGGAUGACUACGCUCUGCUUUUCAAGAACCCUCUAUCACAAGCUCAGGUGGAGGCCGCCUUAUCUGCACUCUUUGGCUGGUCCACACCUGCAGAUUUGCAGUUCCAGUAACCCCCCUGGUGGUAGUCUUGUGGUUUAGUUUUCUUUAUGGAUCCUUCUAAAAUAUUGGUUUGGACACAAGUCGGCCGACUUGCCAGACCAAGUCGACGACUAGUCGACUGAGAAUUUCCAGUCAUCUCCAAGUCGCCCGACUUGCCAGAAAAGUCGAGCCGACCUCACCAGUCGAGAUCCUAGGGCCGACCCAACGACUAGUCGCCGACUUGAAAACUGGGCUGGUGGCUAACUUGUGUGUAUGGGCCUCAGGGGGAUAAUGAUAAAAUUUUGUUCCUCCAGGAACUUAGGGAGGUCAGGGCUGCUUGUCUAGGUCCAUGGAUGUUGGCAGGCGACAUUAAUAUGAUUUACAAGAGCUCAGAUAAAAAUAACUCCAACUUAAACAGGGCCAUGAUGGGUUAUUUCUGGAAAGUGAUUAAUGAUCUUGCCCUCAAAGAGAUUCAAUUGCAUGGUCGCAAGUAUACCUGGUCAAAUCAACAAGACAAUCCAGUUUUGGUUAAACUUGACAGGGUCUUUUGCUCAGUGGAUUGGGACUCCUAUUUCCCAGGUGUGCUCCUUCAUAGUGCAGCUUCCCAAGAGUCAGACCAUUGUCCCUGGGCCUUAGGAACAAUAUGUUUGGAAAAAAGAUAUUCCACUUUGUAUCCUUUUGGACCAAAUUGGAAGGCUUUCAUGACAUUGUCCAGGCUGCAUGGGAUUCAGUUCAACCUUCCAGACGCCCUUUUCUGACUCUAGAGGCAAAGCUGAAAGAGGCAACAAGAAAAUUGCAGAGUUGGAGUGACAGGCAGGUGGGACAUGCUUCGCAAUUAGCUUUGGCAAGGGACUUACUGCAUAAGCUAGAAAUUGCUCAAGAUGACAGGGCUCUUACUCCGGCUGAAACCUGGCUUAAAAACAGGCUCAAGAAACAUUCCUUGAUGACGGCGUCCUUUAAAAGAACAAUGGCAAGGUUGAGAUCUAGGAUUUCACAGCUGAAGGAGGGAUAUGCCAAUACCAAAUACUUUCAAAUGCAUGCCAGACACCGAAAGAAAAAGAAUCUGCUGACAAAGCUGAUGGAUGGAGAUCGUAUUUUUACAAAUUACCUUGAGAAGGCAGCCCUGGUGAAUCAGUUCUACACUAAGCUCAUUGGUCAGUCUAGGGACAGAGAGAACAAUUGAUCUGGAGGCCCUUGGUCUAGUAAGGCACAAUCUUUCUGACCUUAACUCUCCUAUAUCUGAGCAGGAGAUGUGGGAAACCAUCAGUCGUCUACGUUCUGAUAAGGCCCCAGGACCGGAUGGCUUCACAUGGAGGUUCUAUAAGGUUUGCUAGAAUAUUAUCAAGGAUGAUGUGUUGGCUGCAGUAUCAGCAGUAUGGAGUAGGAAUUUUGUAAACCUUAAUAGACUUAGCACAGCCUAUAUCACGAUGAUUCCAAAGGAGGGAGCUGAUCAGGUUAAAGAUUUCAGACCAAUCAGCUUAGUGCACAGUUUCGCAAAAUUGAUCACAAAGGUCCUUGCUAAUAGGUUGGAAAAAAGAUUGAAUGACAUGGUCUCCCAAACCAAAGUGCAUUUUUUUAAAAGGAAGGUUCAUUCAGGACAAUUUUAUGCUAGUGCAACAGACAUCAAGGUUGCUUCACCAGCAAAAGGUGGCUCGGUUCCUUCUCAAACUAGAUAUAACUAAGGCUUUUGAUUGUGUCAUGGCCUUUCUUGCUUGAAAUAAAACGACAUUUGGGCUUUGGACCAGACUGGAGAGACAUCAUCUGUGGGUUAUUGGCUUCUACUACAAAGGUGCUUCUAAAUGGGUGUCUCAUUCUCUACUGUUGUUAGAAUAAUAAUACCUCUAAUCGAACAUAUAAGGUGACCAUAUGUAAUAAAAUGUAACCAAAAACACAAUUUUAUUGGACACGACUUGUCUAUGAGGACAAGAAAACACGAAGGCACUGCAUAUGUUUACGCUGGCUUAGCACUUACUGCGUAAGUUCUAAUGCAGGCUAAGUCUGCUUUACAGGUCCAGACUCUAGAAUUACUUUCUUCUUGGGAAAAUAAGGUAGGAUUUUGUUUCAGUAGGAGUAGAUGGCAUAUAGAAAUGUUACUAUGAGCUGGUGACUUCUAUUUUUGAUCCAGUUGAGUCCAUGAUUGAAAUAUCUGUUGGUGGUUGAUGACAUUCAGAUAUUUACAAAUCUUUUUGGAAUUUCUUAUGUUGGUUGAUGUCCAGAUAAACAUUUCAGGUCUAUAUACAAAUCUUUUAGGAACUUCUCAUGUUGAUUGAUGUCCAAAUGAACAAAACUAGUAGGUUAUAGAACCUAAUAUGUUUUUUGCACUAGGUAGUACUACCUCCGUUCUCAAAUAUUUGUCGCCCGCUAGUUCAUUUUUGAACUAAAACACAACAAUUAAAAAAGAACAGAGGGAUUAUAUAUGUUAUGAAGUUUUUUAUGAGUGUUAUAUAUGAAGUCACAAAUGAUGCCCAUGUCAAAGGUUCAAAGGUGGUUCUGAUAUCACCAAUGACAGACUUAAUUAAGUCAGUCUCCAAUUAACCAACUGAUUUGGCAAGGAAUCAGUUAAGCACCUAGCAUACAACAAGCUAUACUGAUAGUUCUGAGAAUUCUUAGCUUCCUUCAAAAGAUUAUUCUUGUAAGUAUAGUGCAGCAGAUCACCAGGUGAUCCUUGAUAGACUUUGGGAAGAAAGAAUAUCAUCAGAUGAUCUCGUUUAGAUGAUCUGGGAGUUCACACUCUGGACUGAAGCUGUCCCCACUCACCAGCCAGAUCAUGCUAUUGUAUUAAAGCUAUUCCCUAGAAAGCAUCAUUUUUCACCCAUGGGAUAUCUUCCCUACCAUAGAAUUUGUGAAUAAAUUUGAGUAAGAGGGUUGUAUUCUGAAUCUUCAAAUUGAGGACACUCAAGCCCCCAUUAUUUCUAGGGCAGGUCACUUUGUCCUAGGUGACCAGAGGGUUUCGGUGAGCAUUUUCACUGUUACCACACCAGAUACAGUCCCUUCUGAUACGAUCAAUACCAUUAAUGACAAGAUCAUUCGAGGACGUGAUGAGCUCUCCCGCUCCCAGCCCCUCUCCCUCCCCCAGCCCCUCUCCCUCUCCCCCUCACACCUCCACCAGCCUCUCGCCGGAAUCCACUCCGGACCCGUCGACCAACUCUUCGGCCCCCACCCCCUCGGAGAUUGCCCCCAGUCAGGCCAGUCGCCCGAUCCCCCAGGAGGCAGGACGUUCCAAGUCCUAGAGAUGGUGUGAUGACGUUAUUGAUGGUGACUCGUCGGGAGGAUCCUCCUCUGCUUAUCAUUCCUAUAAAGAAGCUCUCCUUCAACCUUCUGGUCAUGGUGGUAACGCCCCUGCUCCCCCUCUUCCCCACUUGAAGACGAAAGCUGGUGACCAGUCAGAGGUGCAAGGGUCUUCUGCUGAAAGUCGACGUCGAAAGGAGGAUGGCUGGCAGGUGGUUGAGCAUAGGAGGCGCCACCUUCCUCGUCGAGGAUCCAUAGUGGAUCUCCGAGGGAAGUGCUACAAGUGCCUUUCUACCUCCCACCUGGUAGCUUCCUGCCGACGUCCUACGAGGUGCUAUCGCUGCUUCAAGUUUGGCCAUCAAGCGGCAAGGUGCCCCUUGCCGGAAGCUGGGCGAAAGACAGUGUGGCAGCGGCUGGGCUCUGGUGGAGAUCGUACUCCGGUGUGGCUGCGUUUGUCUGGAGUGGACAAUUCUGGCCCAACGGUGAUGGAUCGUCCAGUCAUUCAGCGCAAGGCCCCAGUCUGGCGAAGGCUUUCCCCUCCAGUGAACUCCCCAUUAGUGGAAAAAGAAGCACAGGGUGGCAUGCUUCUGCCUGUUGGACGUAUGAAGAAGAAGAGAAGACGUUCUAAACGCGGGAAAGGCAGCUUGGGACUGCAGUCGGGCCCAAGUCAGCCGCAUCCCAAUCCCCCUGAUGCUGUCCAGAGCGCCUUGCCGCGGAAACCUUCCUGCGUAUUGGAGUUUUCCACUGAUUUGGCAAGAAAGGAAGCUGCUCUUCGGAGAGCCUUGUUUGUUUCGGUGGUUGGCACCAGGCCGAUGGUUCGCGGGGAUGAGGUGAUUGAGGAAUUGGCGCGAAGUUUCAGCAUCAACCCUGAUGAUAUGUCUAUCCAGCAGGCCACGCCGGAAGAUUUCCUACUAUUCCUGCCUGAUGAACACACAGCGACCCAAAUUCUUAACGAAGGACGACCUUUCAGAGGCCCUGGAUUUUCUCUCAAUUUUAAAAGAUGGACAAGAUUCUCUCAUGCCUCGACGACGUCUAUGGCGGCACUGGUUGAUAUUGAGAUUCGAGGAAUUCCAGCUCAUGCUUGGGAUAUCUCCACGGCAAAAAUGUUACUACAGGAUUCGUGCUGGGUUUUGGAAUUGUUAAGGGAUUCAGGAACAUCAUUUCUGCUACGCGCCUGGUGUUUUGACCCAAAAUAUCUGCAUUCAGAAAUGGAACUUCAUAUCGUCGAGCCGGGCAGUGAUGAGCAGAAGAAACGAUGUUUGUCAUACAACAUUUCCAUGACAGUGUCAUCGGUGCCCUUUCAGAUGACCAAUAGCACUGAAACUCUAUCCCCUUCCUCUGACGAUGGUCAGUUUGAUGAAGGAAAUGACAGUGAUCCAGCUGACUCCCAGCAGCGCCGCCUUCCACCUCAGCCACCUAGGGAAUCUGUUCACCUUUGGAUAGGCGCCCAGUUUGUGUCUGGAAGGAGUAGGGCGCUGUGCUCGGUUGAGGAAGCUGAAAGGAUGGGCUUAGGCGCCUCUUCGGGACUUAAUGCACAACAUUCAAUGCGGCCCCUUGAAGAUUGCCCGACCUGGGGAGAUGAGAUGGGAAUGCAGCUGGUCUGUGGCGCCUCGGGUCCUUCCAGGCAGAUAUGUGGCGCCUUGGGUCCUUCCAGGCGGAUAUGCGGCCAGCCGUCCAUUGAUGCUUGCGUUGCCCAAUUAAAUAACGCGCAGCUCGAUGCUCGGGCCGGCUCCUUCAUAUCGGUGGAGAGAUCCCAGGAGUCGCCUUCCCCUUCAUGGAAGCAGUGCAGACAGUUGGCUAAUGAGGCACGCGACCUUGGGGUCCGAGCUGCCUCCUUUAAUGAUGAAGAAAGAACCAAGGUGCCACUAGCUGUUGGGUCGCUGAAUCAGUUGAGGUCAGCCUCGCCCCAGUACCAUUUAGCUGCUGGGCCGCUGGAGGGGGACCGGACUGAUUCGCCCCAAGCUACUGGGCCUUUGGGAUUUACGGGUGAAGCACGCCAGGAUGAUCUUGUGGCUGAACCGGUGGAUUGGGCUACGACGGACCUCACCCAUCAAAUGUACAUUUCUGAGACUGAGAGGACGACCUUGACUCUGGGCGAUCAUGAGGUUGCGGACAGCGGAAGGAAGUCCUCAACCGGGAAUUUGCUACACCAAUCCAUUCACUGCACUACUGGCAUUGAACAGCCAGGGAUGCUACAUAUUAGGGGCCUUCAAUCAUCCAAAAAGCUGAUGGUAUACUCACGAAAAAGGUUCAACAGUAGGGACAAGUCUGGAAAUAUGAAUGAAGAAGGGAGUGGGCCAAUCGCAUCUGUACUGAGGAUUGAUACUGAUGAAAAUACAGUGUCCACGGUGCGAGAGGUCAGCCUAGCUGUUACUACUGAUGAUAAUCAGUCAACUUCGCAAGAGACCCAAACAGGCAGUACGCAGCUCAAGAACAAACAAUUCCUUAGCAAGCUCUCCAAAAAGAUUUCAGGCCUCCUUGCAACACCAGAAGAUCCCCCUUUUAUGACGUCUAAAAAUGCCCAAGUUGCAGAAAUUAUCCCACGCCGCAGCCGUCGAAUUGCUGGCGUGGGAGUUGAAUUUGACAACAUGGAUUUAUCCUCAAGAACCACAAAGAAAGUUAUGCAGGCCUUGAAAGUAAUUGGGGAUCCUGGGGCAGUCACCCAGCAAGCCAAAGAAGACUAUCUGAAAGUAUUCUCCACUGAACUUCCUAUUUCACAUAUUGAAGCGCUGGCGUCCUUUUUUGGAUGGGUGGUACCAGAUGAUCUCAAGGUGGGCAGCAUUAGUGUUGGCAUUAGUGCCUGUUGAGUUGUCCUGUAGAGGUCGCUGAUGUAAGAGGUUUGUAAUGGAUCCAAAAAAAAUCUUGAGCUGGAAUGUAAGGGGUCUCAAUUCUACAUCUAGGCAAUGUUCUGUUAGAACUUGCAUUGAUGCUUGUGGCGCAGACGUUAUCUGUCUUCAGGAAACAAAAAUGCAGGAAAUUAACAGAGGAAAGGUGCUGGCUAUUUUGGGAACAGAUUUUGAUCAGUAUGUAAUGCUGCCGUCCGAGGGUGCUAGGGGGGGAAUUCUGAUUUCCUGGAAAAAGCAUAUAAAGGUGACAGGGCUGAACAGAGUGGAUUCUUAUAGUAUCUCCUUGCAAUUCCAGAGAAAUAAUGGGCAGUCUUGGUGGCUGACUUGUGUCUAUGGACCUCAAAGUAAUUCUGAAAAGAUCCUUUUUCUUCAAGAGUUAAGGCAUUUCAGAAGCAUCUGCUCUGAGCCUUGGGUAAUAGUGGGAGACUUUAAUCUCAUCUACAAGGUUGAAGACAAGAAUAAUGAUAAUAUUAAUAGAUCUAUGAUGGGUCGCUUCAGAAAAUUUAUCAAUGAUGUUGGUCUGAUUGAUACUCCCCUAAUUGGUCGCAAAUAUACCUGGUCCAAUCAUCAAUCUUCACCAACACUGGUCAGACUGGAUAGAGUUCUCUGCACUACUGAUUGGGAAGCGUUGUUCCCUAACCAUCUCCUUCAAAGUGCUGCUUCAGAGGACUCAGAUCACUGCCCACUGAUUCUUGGACUUAACAGUAUGUGUUCUGGCAAGCGUCGAUUUCAUUUCGAAUCCUUUUGGCCAAAAUUGGAAGGGUUCCAAGAGGUAGUUCUGGAAGCCUGGAAUUCGGUUAAUGAAAGAAGUUGCCCUUUCCUGACAUUCGAACUGAAAUUGAAAUCAACUGCCAAGGCUCUGCAGAGAUGGAGUGCUAAGAAGGUAGGCCAUGUGUCCUCCCAGUUGGCACUUGCUAGAGAAAUUCUUCAUCAGCUGGAGAUUGCCCAAGACUCUCGGCUCCUGUCUCCUUUGGAGGUUUGGCUCUUGAGAGGGCUUAAAAAACACUCCUUAGCCCUUGCCUCCCUCAAACGCACUAUUGCCCGCCUACGGUCCAGAAUCAGUUGGAUAAAGGAGGGCGAUGCCAACUCUAAGCUUUUCCAUAUGCAUGCUAGGCACAGGCAAAGGAAGAACUUUGUUGCCAAGAUUGUGUCAGGGGUGAACACUUUCACUGAUCACGGCGAGAAGGCUAGAGCAGUAGAUGAGUUUUAUUUCAAACUUUUGGGCUGCAAGGCGGACAGAUCCUUGACUGUUGAUUUGGAUUACCUGGGUCUACCUUCUCAUGACCUGACUGAUUUAGAUGCGCAGAUUGAUGAAAAUGAGGUUCUGGAAUCCAUAAUGCAACUACCUUCUGAUAAGGCUCCGGGGCCUGAUGGUUACACAGGCAGAUUUUAUAAAGUUUGUUGGCCAAUUAUCAAGACGGAUGUGAUGGCUGUUAUUGCUGCAAUUUGGUGCAGAAAAUUCCAGCAGUUUGGAAGACUUAACACUGCAUUUGUUACUCUUAUCCCUAAGGAGGGGGCUGAGGAAGUAAAAGACUUUCGACCUAUCAGUCUGGUACACAGCAUUGCUAAACUUGUCACCAAGUUGAUGGCCAACAGAUUGUCCCAACGACUGCAUGAUCUUGUUUCUCUUAGGCAGAGCGCCUUCAUCAAGGGCCGUUUCAUCCAAGACAACUUCAUGCUGGUUCAGCAGACUGCCAGAUUGCUUCACCAGCAAGGCCAACCGAGGGUUCUUUUGAAGCUUGACAUCACUAAAGCCUUCGAUUCUGUUUCUUGGCCUUUUUUGCUUGAAGUACUUCAGAGAUUGGGUUUCGGGCAGAUUUGGAGGGAUAUCUUAAGUGGCCUUUUAGCAACUUCCUCCACACAGGUUUUACUCAAUGGAGUUUCGGGGAACACCAUCCCCCACGAGAGGGCUGCGGCAAGGGGAUCCCCUCUCCCCUAUGCUUUUUAUUUUAGUGAUGGACAUCCUUGGUUGCAUUGUGGCCAAAGCUGAUGAGGAGGGGCAGCUUGAGCCUCUCUCUUCCAAACCACUGCACCACAGAAUUUCGCUAUAUGCUGAUGACGCGGUUCUUUUUUUCCACCCAAGGGAGAGUGAAAUUCAUACUGUCCUAGGUAUUCUGAAUUUGUUUGGAGAAGCUUCAGGAUUAAAAACUAAUAUUCAGAAAAGCAGUGUGUAUCCAAUUCGUUGUGGGCAGGAUGAGCUGGACAUCCUCAAUGAUUGGCUUCCUUGUGAACUUUCGUCUUUCCCAUGCAAAUACCUUGGUCUACCUUUGUCCUUAAAAAAGCUGUCCAAUAAUCAGCUGCAGCCCAUUAUUGACAAAGUGGCUGAUCAACUUUCUGGGUGGAAAGCGGACCUCAUGACACGGCCAGGUAGAAGAGUGCAGGUUCAGUACGUGAUGACUGGCAUGCUUAUAUAUCUAGUCAUGGCAGUUGACAUUCCCACAGGCUCGCUCAAAGCUAUCGACAAGAUCAGAAAAGGAUUUCUCUGGCGUGGGAGGAAAGAGGUCAGAGGAGGACAUUGUUUAGUGGCUUGGGGAAGAGUUUGUAGACCUCUUGAAAUUGGUGGACUUGGGAUUUCUAGUCUUAAAGAACUAGGAUGGGCCUUAAGAAUGAGAUGGUUGUGGCUGCGCAAAACGGAUCCGGAUAAGCCUUGGUCCUCAUUGCCCAUGCAGAUAUCCAACAAAAUAAAGGCCUUUUUCUGCACCGCCCUGCUCACUGAAAUUGGAAAUGGGUCCUCAACCUUAUUUUGGCUGGAUCGUUGGGUCCACGGAAAGAAUAUUGAAGAUAUUGCUCCUCGACUGCUUGCAGCGGUACCAAAAAGAAUUAGGAACAGCAGAACUGUGCUUGAGGCCUUGACAGACAGGAGAUGGCUAACUGAUAUUAAAGGGGCCUUGACAGUAGGUGUCUUUGCCGAUCUCCUAGAUCUCUGGGAUGAACUUCAAAGUGUCCAGCUUCAUUCAGACAGGGAGGACAAACAUAUUUUCAGGUUCGCUAAUGAUGGAAUUUAUUCAGCGAAAGCAGCUUACAAUGGCCUCUUCAUCGGGUCGACCAUGGCUAAGUAUUGGGAACUAAUUUGGAAAACCUGGUCCCCUCCCAAGUGUAAAUUCUUUUUAUGGCUUGCUGAUCUUGGAAGGUGCUGGACAGCAGAUCGUUUGCAGAAGAGAGGUCUUAGCCAUCCUGACAAAUGUGUCCUGUGUGACCAAGAGCAAGAAACCAUAGAUCACAUUUUGGUGGGGUGUGUUUUUGCUAGGAGUUUUUGGUUUCAGCUGCUGGGACAGGUCAACUUAUCUGCCUUUACUCCUGUGAUGGGAGAAACUAAAAUGAUGGAGUGGUGGAGCAGAAGCAGUGAGCAGUUACAGGGGAUUGCUAAAAAGGGACUCAAUUUUUUGAUUACCCUUGGGCUUUGGACUCUCUGGAACCACAGAAAUGGAUGUGUUUUUGAUAGAGCUACACCUAGCAUGGAGGGUGCUAUCAGAAGAGCUGAAGAAGAAAUUAUUAUUUGGAAUUUUGCGGGGGCCAAACAUCUUGCCCUUAUUACAGCUCCCAUUCCAGGUGUCAUGUAGGGAUCUAGGAGUGAGUUCAGUAGUUAACCUCAUUAGGGAAGGGUGUUGGUUGGUUAAGUUUAGAUUGUGGGGGCAGGUUGGUCUAGUUUGCUUUCUU